GGCUACAGCUGCCCUGACCCCGCGGAGACCCCCCCACCCCUGGCCCCAAGCACGGGGACAAACCAUUGUCCCAGCUGGUGGGGCCCUGUGUCUGGCAUGCAUCCUGUCCUUGUUCCCGGUCUUUGUGUCUGUUUCCUCCCUUGGGCUCUGUCUCUGUGUUCCAAGGCCCUGUGGCUCACCCCUCCACAUCCUCCUGCGUGGGAGCCUAUGAGCCUUUGGAUCCCUUUGGCUUAAAACUUGGAGCUGCCUUUGUUACCUGUUUUGGAGGAUAACUCCUUCAAGGACUGAGGGAGAAACUGGUGGGGCAGGCAGAAGGGUCUGGGCAUAGGCCUGGGGGUACUGGAAUGGCAGAAGCUGGGGGCCAUACAUAGGAUGAGUUCUGCCACAGAGGCUCGGGAGAGCUAGCUAGGGCUAUGGGCAGGCCAAGAGGACCAAGAUAGACUGUGGAUGUGGGGACACAUCUUCCUCCCUGCCUGGCACAAGCUGGCACCUGGUUCUACCCUAGAUUCCUGGAGGGAACCUACAUGUCGGUGUCCCCUGCAGGGUGUCCCACUGUAUGGCAUGGAGACCUGUGGCUGUGAGGCUCCCAGGGGCUCGCCUUGGACCGCGAUGGGGCCGGGCUGCGGCCUCCUAACGGGACUGAGGUGUGCAGCCCGCGAGCUGCUGCUGCCCGCAACUCGAAGCACCCCCGCCCCUCCCCUGGCCCAGCGCGGGGCCCGGCGCCCGCCAUGAACGGCCUGUCGGUGAGCGAGCUCUGCUGCCUGUUCUGCUGCCCACCCUGCCCGGGCCGCAUCGCCGCCAAGCUCGCCUUCCUGCCUCCCGAUCCCACCUACUCUCUGGUACCUGAACCUGAGCCGGGGCCCGGCGGGGCCGGCGCUGCCCCCUCGGGUCCCCUGCGGACCUCAGCGGCCACACCCGGGCGCUGGAAGAUCCACCUGACAGAGCGCGCUGACUUCCAGUACGGCCAGCGCGAGCUGGACACCAUCGAGGUCUUCGUGACCAAGAGCGCACGCGCCAACCGCAUCGCCUGCAUGUAUGUGCGCUGUGUACCGGGUGCCAGGUACACGGUUCUCUUCUCGCAUGGCAAUGCAGUGGACCUGGGCCAGAUGUGCAGCUUCUAUGUUGGCCUGGGCACACGCAUCGGCUGCAACAUCUUCUCUUAUGACUACUCUGGCUAUGGGAUCAGCUCUGGCCGGCCCUCGGAGAAGAACCUCUACGCUGACAUUGAUGCAGCCUGGCAGGCCCUGCGCACCAGGUACGGCAUCAGCCCAGACAGUAUCAUCCUGUAUGGCCAGAGCAUUGGCACUGUGCCUACAGUGGAUCUGGCGUCACGCUACGAGUGUGCUGCAGUGGUUCUGCACUCGCCUCUCACCUCGGGCAUGCGGGUGGCCUUCCCUGACACCAAGAAGACCUACUGCUUCGAUGCUUUCCCUAACAUUGAGAAGGUGUCGAAGAUCACGUCACCGGUGCUCAUCAUCCACGGCACAGAGGACGAGGUGAUCGACUUCUCUCACGGGCUGGCACUGUAUGAGCGCUGCCCAAAGGCCGUGGAGCCACUGUGGGUGGAGGGCGCUGGGCACAAUGACAUUGAGCUGUACAGUCAAUAUUUGGAGCGCCUACGCCGCUUCAUUUCCCAGGAGCUGCCCAGCCAACGCGCCUAGCCAAGCCGCAGGGACCUCAGCAGUACAUGGGCCUCCUGCCGGGGCUGCAUGUGACCCGGAGCCCAGGACCCUGCCUGGCACCCUAGGGGCCAUGAGCCAUGUUCAGGCGACAGAGGUCCCUCUUCUCUCCUCGUGGAAGCAAAGAGAAGGAAAGAGGGAAACUAAUUAAAGGAUUAAGAUUUUAGGGUUGCUUGG